AUGUCCAAGCCCACAGCACAGAAGAACAUCGCCACAAAAGCAGCAGGAGGAGAGAAGAAGAAGCGAAAGCAACGGCGCAAGGAAAGCUACGCUAUCUACAUCUACAAGGUGCUGAAGCAGGUCCAUCCGGACACCGGUGUCUCGUCGAAGGCGAUGAGCAUCAUGAAUAGCUUCGUGAACGACAUCUUCGAGCGUAUUGCUAACGAAGCAUCUCGUCUGGCCCAUUACAACCGACGGUCGACGAUCACCUCCCGCGAGGUACAGACCGCCGUUCGUUUGCUGUUACCGGGAGAGCUGGCCAAACAUGCCGUAUCGGAAGGUACCAAGGCCGUUACCAAGUAUACCAGCUCGAAGUAA